AUAAUCUUGGAAAUGCAGUGUGUUUGGUCAAACUGUUAUCUCAAAACUAAGAGUCAGCUUUGUGUUCUACAGCAGAUUGUCUGGACCUGCACUGAUGUUCAAUCCAAGUUUGAAGGUUUUUGUAUUAUCACAGAUGGGCCAACAUGUGCAGCAAGGUCUUAGACAAAUGAAAGCCUUUGUUUAUCGCCUGUGCAGUGAAACACAAUAUCUCUGUCGACCCACUGAACUGUCUGACAGCAAUGGUUUAAAUUCCAGAAACAAAAAAUCCAGACAGAAACGGCUUGUAAAUCUCAAUAUUCAGCAAGCGGCCCGGAGCACUCUGGGAUCACGGGUACACAGCAACUAUGACAGAAAGCGCUCUCUCUUUCCUGAGCUAAUGGUGGCCCACAGCAUAAAUAAAUCUCUGCCACUUGAGGCGAUGCAAUGUUCACCCAAGAUUUAGUAGUUUUUCCCUCAUGCGUGUCAGUUUGCAAGAAAGUUAAGUUUAAGUUUAAAAGAUGCUGCUUUUUUAUUGUUAUCAUCGGAGAACCAGAGAAACUAAUACGCUUUCUGUUUAUGUGUCUAAAAUUGUAAGCAAUGUACUUCCCCUGAGGCUACAGUCCAUCAGUGUCAAGCUAGAGUGCUGUACAGCCAUCAUAUAAAUUAAACACACACCAAAAUCAAAGAAAACAGCAAAUGAUGGUCCCAGAAACCUUUAACACUUUCCCCAUCAGUUUUUUUGUACGAUUUACUCACCGUGAACAAUCAAGACAAUUUCAGUAGCUUUAUUAACAUGGACAUCCUGACAAACCAUCUGUCAUUCUAAUAUUUUUCCUAUUAAACAGUCUGUCAUUUUCAGCAGCAAGCUGAACGUCAUGAAAUCUUGUGAAACUUUGUCAAGCUUUGCUUGAGCUGCCAGAGGGAAGCAAAUGAAUGAUGGCUAAUCUGUUUGACAAACAGAACUGCAUUGUAGCAUGACCGUCUAUACGCUGUGAAUUCAGUGUAAACAAAGCCAGAACUAAGAUGCAACAACAAAGGAAACAAUCAACGUUCUAGAAUUAAGUGUAAAUGGAGUCAGGGCAAUGUGUUGGCUGAUCCAAGAGCAUGAAACAUUUCAGAAAUACAAAACAACUUCCACAAAAGGACAUCAUUUUACAUAAUCACUAACCUAAUUAUCUGGUGAACAAUUAUUCAGUACAUUAGUAUGUCAGUUUGAAAGGGCCCAUUCUGUAGAAGUUCUUCUGUAAAGGCCAGACGUUCUACCACAGGAAGCUGACAAUAUGGUGCCCACCACAAACCACACGUCCUGCAUCCUUCUGAACAUUCUGUUCACAUUGAUAUUUAGAGGCGUGGGAAGGUGCACAGAGAACGACUGCACGAUGAUGGAAGAUAAGAAUUUAGAAAUAGGUUACCUUGCUGACAAGCAUAAAUUAUUGAAGAUGAUUUGAGAGAGGAAGUGCCUUUCUGGAUUCCUCCCAGGAUGAGCGCCAACAACUCCAGCCUGGUUGAUGAUGCACAGCCCCUGUUCAUUCUUCCUCUGGCACUGGUCAUCUUCCUCACAGUGAUUGGAAACCUGUUGGUCAUCUUGGCUAUCGUUCGCACCCCUCUCCUCCACACCACCACCAACGUCUUCAUCAUCUCCCUGGCCUUUGCGGAUCUCAUCAUGGGUUGUGUGGUCCAGCCUUUGGGCGCCAGCAUGGUGGUGAGCGGGAAAUGGCUUUUAAGUGACAAGUUCUGUGACUUGUGGACGUCCGUGGACGUGCUUUGCGUCACUGCCAGCAUAGAGACAUUGUGUGUCAUUGCCGUUGAGCGCUAUUUUGCGAUCAUGAGACCUUUUGAGCAUCAGGUCCUCCUCGGGAAACGCAGAGCUGGCUAUAUCGUCUCCACGGUGUGGAUAGUGGCGUCCCUAGUUUCCUUCGUGCCAAUCAUGAACCAUUUUUCUCGUGCAGAAUAUGUGGCAGCAAAAAAUUGUUACGAUAAAUCAGAAUGCUGUGAUUUCCAUACUAACGAGACCUACACCAUCUUCUCCUCAGUGGUGUCCUUCUACGUGCCCCUCGUUAUUAUGGUGUUUGUGUACGGGAAGGUGUUUGGCAUCGCGACCAGACAGUUGAAACUCAUUGACAAGAAUAGACUCCGCUUUCUGAGCACAUGCACAGAAGUCUCUUGUGAAAGUCCAGGUGAAACGGUGCGUAAUUUGAGCCGGAGGUCAACGAGGCAUGUCGUGAAAGAACACAAGGCACUCAAGACGCUGGGGAUUAUUAUGGGCACCUUCAUUCUCUGUUGGCUGCCCUUCUUUUUCUUCCAAAUCAUCAAGGUUUUUAAUCCCGAAGUGCUGUCGAAGGAUGUGUUCCUCCUGUUGAACUGGCUCGGUUACACCAAUUCAGGCCUGAACCCAAUCAUCUACUGCCACAGUCCCGAGUACCGCACCGCAUUCCUCAAUCUUCUAGGGUACAAAAAACUCAAGCGGUUAAAUUACGACAAUUACGUGCACAAACAUCUAUGGUCCCUCAGCUCGCGCAUCCAAAGCAACGGUUCUGUAAAUAUGGAUUGCUUAGGUCAUGAAGAUACAUCUGCAAUGGGUGGGAACGUUUGCGCAGACACGUGUACAGUUUUCAAAGAAGAAGAGAUGGAAACUCAGCCUCACAAUGACUCAAACGUGGCACAGAUCAAUGUAGCAGAGAUGUCAAAGGGCCACUGAAGAUGGGAAACAGAUCCUUUGCUUUUCAAGAGAAUUAACUGUACCCGAACGUCAUGCUUUUCAACUGGACCUUGAUUGUAUUUCAUUUAAACCAUGUGCACAGGCAAAACAGCCAAAUCCUUAGGUAAAGAGCAGCAAAGCGGAAAAAUGAUAAUCGAGAACAAACCGUGACAUAAAAAUGAUCACGUACUGACAGUUUUUUGAACUUUAAACAGAAUGAAACUGGAAACUGAAGUCCUAAACUGUCAUCUCUUUACCUCACAAACCAUCAAAAACAAAUCUGUGUGUGGAUGUUUUUUUCCAUGUUUCCAUUUCAGUCACUACCCAGAGAUGAAUUGGAAUGCAUAAUGCGUGUGAUCAAUGUCCAAAAUGUGAGCAAAAAUUUCCUUUGGUGAUUAAAUAAAUGAGAAAGUCUCGGAAACAUUAUUAGAAAAAUAAUUAUGCAAUAGCACAUGCACAACAGUAGUGUUUGUACUACAUCUAGUUAGUUCAGGUAUUUUCUUCAUCAAUGCAAAUCGCUCCAAAAAGUACAGAAUCUUGUUUCUGACAUGGGAUUAAAAAAAAAAAAAGAAAAAUUGACAUCUUAUUAUUCCUUUACAUCUUACUAUUCCAUCGAUUCUUCUCAGAAUUUCAAGUUUAUUUCUCACAAUUCUGACUUUAUUCUCGCAAUUCUGAGAAAACAUUUAUGAUGUAAUAUCAGAAUUGUGAUAAAAAAUAGUCAGAAUCACAGACU